AUGCCUUCUCAACUAUUGUUUUCUCCACAUCCUUCACCCAUUCAUUCUUUGAUUUUUAGUAGCCCUUGCUUCUUCAGAAACAACCACAACAAAACCCAACAAGGUAAGUUGCUUCUCCAUGCCACCACUCUCUCAUUCUCUGUUAGGAAUUCAUCAGAAAGCACUCUCAGUAUCGCCAAUGCAACUGAUAGGAUUUGUCCAAAUGGAGUCUCCAUUGACAGACCCAUCAAGGAAGAACCACAUAGCAUGGACUUUGAUAGGAGAAAUACUAGAUUACAAGUCCAUAACUUUGUUGAUAGGAUUAGAGCCUUACCCACUUCUGAAAGAAUCCAAAUUAUCCAUGUGUUUGAGAGAGAACGGGCAUUUCAGAACCUUUCUGUCUUCAAUGAUGUGCUCCUGGCUUUAUUCAUAGCAGAUGAGCCUGACCUUGCGCUGAAACUCUACUGUGAUAUAUCAUCCUAUGGGAUGGUGCCAGAUUCUUGGACUUUUUCCAUUAUUAUCAAGUGCCACUGCAAGAAAAAUGACCCGAGUGAAGCAAAACGAGUUCUUGAGCACAUGGUGGAAAUUGGGUUUCAACCAAGUGUAGUAACAUUCACUAUUCUGAUCAAUUCAUUCUGCAGAAGGGGUAAAUUGCAGAAAGCUGUGGAGAUUUUGGAGUUCAUGGGUCGAAUUGGAUGCAAAGGUAAUGUUCAGACAUAUAACUGCCUGUUAAAGGGGUUGUGCUAUGUGGGGAGGGUGGAGGAUGCGUAUGAAUUCUUGAUGAAAAUCAAGAAAUCUUCAGUAAAACCAGACCUAUAUUCAUAUACAGCUGUUAUGGAUGGGUUUUGCAAAGUGGGUAGGUCGGAUGAGGCAAUGGAGUUGCUUGUUGAAGCUCUGGAAAUGGGAAUGACCCCAAAUGUGGUCACUUUCAAUACCCUGUUCAAUGGGUAUUGCAAGGAAGGAAGGCCAUUAGAGGGGAUUCAUCUAUUGAAGAACAUGAAAGAAAGAAACUGCAUGCCUGAUUAUAUCAGUUAUAGCACUUUGUUGAAUGGACUAUUGAAGUGGGGCAAAAUUCAUUCUGCGCUGCGAAUUUACAGGGAGAUGGUGGAGGCCGGUUUCAAAGUGGAAGAGAGGAUGAUGAACACCAUGUUGAGGGGAUUGUGCAGGAGAUCAUGGAAAGAAGAAGGGCUGUUGAAAAAUGCCCAUGAAGUGUUUGAGAAAAUGAUUAACGCGGGCUGUGCCAUUUACCCCAAUACAUAUGGCCUAGUGAUCCAAACCCUUUGUGUUGCCAAGGAGGUAGACAAGGCUUUGAUGUAUUUAAAUGAGAUGGUAGGGUUUGGAUAUUUUCCUCCCAGGAUGAUCACCUUCAACAGUGUCAUUCGCGCACUUUGCAGUGAGGGAAGGGUUGAUGAGGCACUGUCGAUCUUGGUUCUCAUGUGCGAAGGGAGGAGAAUUCCCAGUAGGAUUUGUUAUAACCUUUUGAUUGAUGAGUUCAAUCAACAGGGGAGAUGGUUGAGUGCUUGUACUGUAUAUGGUGCAGCUCUGAAGAGAGGUGUGAUCCCUCACAAGAGGCCAGGCAAGUCUUCAAGCCGCAAGAAUGCAAUUGUUGGUUAG